ACAAAAUCAAAAGUCUCAAAACUCAAAACAAACAACAAACGCCUGAAACGCGGGAAUUAAUUGUUGUGAAUUCAUUUGGAAAGUCUCUUGAAAGUUUCAAUUCAAACAAAUAUGGAUAACUCACAAAGCUCUGAUACUUUCUCUACCACUCCUAGUUAUACACUAAGAGCUACAACGAAACCUAUAGAUAUUACUAUGUAUAAACAGCUGAGGUCCACUUUAGAGGCAGAAUUUAGUAAAAAUCUCUUGAACGAGCUCCAGAAAUCAACAUUCAAGUCAUAUUUUAGUUCAAUUUUGCGGGACAGUUCUUCCUGUAUACAUCAGAGCCUGGAUAUAAUAUGUGACCUUCUGUAUGAGCAAGAUGUGGAAUUAUCGAGGCUCUCUGGAAACAUGGAAGAUGUUAUUAAGCUGCUACAAAUGUUGGCCAACUUCUUGAAAAGUGUCGUGGAGUCCUCAACCAUGUGCUGUAAACAAAUGAAAAGUUUCCCCGUGACCACCGGCCAGAUACUAGUGGCAGUAUUCACCCAUUGCAAGGAAAGUGAGCUGCUGUAUGGCUCUUACUUGGGCUCUUUACAAAACCAGUUGAAGGAAUUGUUCAAAACCUGCCACGACCUACAACUCAUCUAUUUGACGAUUCUGGAAAAACACUUUAUCUUUGAUCUCACUCAAACUGAAGAAGAGGAUAUUCUCCUUGAAGCUUUGAAUAUAAAUAUAAAAAUCGGAGAGAUAGUGGAAAGCCUAGAUCUGAAAACCAUGGCAGAGCAAUGGAAAGCAUACACAAUGAUAUGUGAGAAAUAUUCCAGUAAUGUUAUACAUAACAUUGUUUUUGAGAAAUGUACUGGCAGUCUCUCCAAAAUGAUUUUGAAGAACAUGUCCACUGCAUUAGAGGAAAAUCAGGAGCAGAAAAUGAUUUUACGAAGCUUAAAAGUGUCCAACUUUAUCAUAAAGAUUUUAAUGAAAAUGUGCAUAGCAUUGAAGAGUGGUUCCCUGAGGAAACAUGACCAUGUAGUAGAGUUAUUAAUCAACAUAAACAUGAAUAGUGCACCUUAUCUUGUCUACUUGAAGAAGUCUCCGCAACUCGUGAAUUUAGUAAACGCUAACGUUGUGAGUGCAUCAGAAAGUCUAGUCUCCGAAUUACUCACUGACAAAUGCUUUGCUGAAUGCCUACUGCAAUACGACUGUUCCGGACUGACGGGCGACGAGUGUCUCGGUUACAUCCUACUCAUUAUAUCGGUCAUCAAGUUGUUAUUACUGAGAAGCGAUGACAACGUGGACGCGAUAUGGCUUGAUCAGUCCACCAGUAAUCUGACUGCUUGCAUCUUCAAUAUGCUUCCUUAUUGCCACACAUGGUCCAACCUAGGCCUGAAGUUUCCCAGCCAGCACCAGGCCGCAGAGACCUGUGGCCUCUACGAGCAGUUACUCUGCCACGCGGCGGCGCUGGCGGCGGGCGCGGGGGCGGGGGUGAGCGCGGGGGCGGGGGUGGGUGCGGGGGCGGGCGCGGGGGCGGCGGCGUACGGUCCCCUCGAGGAGGGGCUGGUAGAGGCGCUGCUCGGCGCCGACUGCUGUGCUGCGAUGUUUGCUGCCGAUCUGUGGGCGGUUUUAGCUGGGAUGGGCAAUAGCCAGUUAAAUGUAAACCAGCUGACUAACCUGUGCCAUGUUUAUCAAAAAUUAGAAAAAUCCGAUAUGUUCACCUACUCUCCGCAACAAGUACAUUUGAGUAAAACCAUUGAAAUGUUGUUUAAGUUGUUGGACAAAGAAGAUAAAAUACGUUUUUAUAGACAAUUUGACUUAUCAGAAGAGAAUAAUACUGGCCUGUGGACAGUCAUAAAGCUGAGAUACCUGCCCGCCACUGUACAGGGCAAAGCCGAGGAUAUUGUCUUCAGCAAAUUAAAAUCUGAAAUGAAUUCAUUAUUUUCGGGUAAUAAAUGUAGUAGGGAAGAAAUAAACCGAUUGAUCAAAUCUAUGAAAUUAAUCUCAACAUGUUCAUUUAUGAAAAUGCACACCAAUGAGGAGGAAGUUAUCAAUGCAUGGCUGAAGAUCUGUUCCAGCAAUAAUCAGAUGAAUAUUAUACAGGACGCUCUGAGCCGGUCAAACCUGUGGUACUUGGAAUAUAUUAGAGCAUUGUUUUCCCUAACUGAAGCCAUGAUUCCAGUCCUCCAGAGAAACAGCGAAGGAUUAUUAAAAGUUCUACAUGUAACAUUGAGCGUUAUAACUACGAACAAUGUGGAAAUAAAACUUAUAUCACUCAACCUAGUUUUAAAAUUGGCACUUUACAAUAGCCCAGAUGGCUACUACAAGAAUCAGAUGGAUACGAUAUUCAUCAAAAUAUUCAAGCAGUAUUUCAACGAACCUAACACCAAUUUUAAGUUCAAAUUAUAUGAAACAAUAAGAGCAUACUCGACCAAUUCUAGGAUAAACGAUAUGAUUUGUAAAGUGGUGUCUGAAGAUCCGUGUUUAGAAGAAAGCUGGAAAUAUUUCAUGACCAACGGAAUGUUGUCCGGAGACAGGAUGAGUUGGAAGGAACAGUUGCACCAGACGUCGCAGUUUAGUUACCAGCACAAGUGCCUACAAACCAACAAUGUAAUAGUAGUGAAUGACUCCGAGGACGCGUCAGUAGAGCACUGCAGCGGGAACUUUGAGUUCGCGGAUAUCGACAUGAUGCUCAGUUUUGACGGCGACUGCGAACAACCCGCCAAGAAACCUAAACUACAAUCUGAAGCUGAAGUUAUUGUGAGUCGACUGGAAAGCACCGCUCUAGAACUUGCCAGAGUAAAAGAAAAUAUUUCUAUUCUCGAAUACAAGAAUAGAAUCCUCGAUGUAUGCCAACAGUUGAAAAAUACAGUCAGUUAAAUUUU